AGAUGACGCAAGCCCACACGCAAGCAUACAAAACAAACGCGCUAAUGCAAAGGUAUAAAACAAACACCACCCUCUUCCCUUUCCCUCCAUAACUUUCAGUUUUCUAACCACAACAAGUUCAUCAACUAUGGGAAGAAGACCGGCGAGAUGUUACCGUCAGAUAAAGAACAAACCGUAUCCAAAAUCGCGCUUCUGCCGCGGCGUUCCCGAUCCAAAGAUCCGAAUCUACGACGUAGGGAUGAAGAAAAAAGGCGUAGACGAGUUUCCUUUCUGCGUUCAUCUCGUAUCAUGGGAGAAAGAAAAUGUCUCCAGCGAAGCAUUAGAGGCAGCGAGAAUCGCCUGCAACAAGUACAUGUCGAAGUUUGCUGGAAAAGACGCGUUUCAUUUGCGUGUUAGGGUUCAUCCUUUUCAUGUGUUGAGAAUUAACAAGAUGCUAUCGUGCGCUGGGGCGGAUAGGUUGCAGACCGGGAUGAGAGGCGCGUUUGGGAAGCCGUUGGGGACGUGUGCUAGGGUGAGUAUUGGACAGGUGCUGUUGUCUGUUAGGUGUAAGAGUGGGAAUGGUCAGCAUGCUCAAGAGGCUCUUCGUCGGGCUAAGUUUAAGUUCCCCGGUCGUCAGAAAAUUAUUGUUAGUAGAAAGUGGGGUUUUACUAAAUUGGGUCAAGAGGAGUACUUGAAGUUGAAAUCUGAGAACAGAAUUGUGCCAGAUGGUGUAAAUGCUAAGGUUCUUGGGUGCCAUGGACCAUUGGCCAAUCGUCAGCCAGGAAGAGCUUUCUUGCCAAUCUCUGCUUAGACAUGAAAUUAUUUCAACCGGCGCUCAAUAUGGAUGUUUCUAAUAAUGAUCAGUGAUUACAUACACUGUGAUUGAUUAAUAGUAUAUAUUUAAUUUUUGUGUAUUCAACUGUUUUUCAAGAUGUUUUGGGUACGAGAGAUACAAAUGUGUGAUGUAUGUAUGUGACUUAAGUAUAUGUACUGUUAUUGUUAGAACAAUAUUAAAUAGUGUUUUUUGUUGUUUGUGUGUAAAUUGUUCUCAGUAUAUAAGGUGGUCUAUAUCCUACGUAAAAUAUGACAAACAUGAAAUACAAGUAUUAACUAGUUAAUCAA